CGAUAAUAUCAGAGUAGAAGCGAUUGGACUGUUGUUUUCGGGUAUCAUCGGGCAAGAUCGUACGCCUGAAGAACGGAUAUAUAAAAUACCAGUUCAACUUUCAUAAAGAUAUCAGUCGCUCCAGAGGCGAGCACGAAGCAACAUCUCGUGUAUGUUUUUCUGUACAUGUUCUGUGAAUAUCGAAAUUGAAUAAACAAUUCGUAUUCUGUUUAUAAGAAAAUCCAAAACUGACGUAUCCAUUGAAUUUUCAACGACUUGACGCAUUGCGGCAAGGAUUUUCUCGUUGCGUGCAGUACCUGGAACACACCUGUUGGAGACCUUUGGGGGGGUCACCGAGCAGUUAUUCAUUUGGAAUAUGAAGCGUCGGAGAGCGAAUUAUUUUUGUGCUCAAUGAUAAAAAUAAGGAGAGAAAAUCAUGGCUUUCUCAACAAAAUUCGUGAGUUUGACAAAAAUGAUUCGACGAAGACCUUUGCUCUUCAAUUCUCUUGUCUAUGGAUCAUUUUAUACGGGCGCUGAGUUUGCUCAACAGAGUUAUAAUCUCAAAUAUCAAUCUGUGAUACAAGAGCAACGAGAUCCGAAACCUUCACGCUUCGUAUCAUUAGGAGCAACUACCACGCCCGAUGAGGACAUUCAGAGAUCUAAUGAUAUUGGACCGAGUCAAAUAUCAUUGAAUUACGAUUGGAAACAGUUGCAAAGAUAUGCUCUUAUAGGCUGUUUUGUCACCGGUCCGAUCCUUCACGGAUGGUACAAAUGGUUAGAUCGAAUAUUUCGUGGAACGACGAUGAAAAUCAUAAUGGUUAAACUUUUUGCUGACCAGUUUAUCCUCACGCCACCACUGCUCGUACUCUUUUUCAUAAGUAUGAGUUGUUUGGAGGGCCGCAAAGAUAUUACUCGAGAGUGCAGAAUGAAAUUUGUUAAGACAUUUCAGACUUCUUGUCUUUAUUGGAUACCAGUGCAAUUUGUAAAUUUUCUUCUCAUACCGCCGGCACUGAGAGUUCUGUACGUGAGCGUUGCCGCAUUCUGUUGGGUCAACAUUCUUUGCUACUUGAAGAGAUUGCCGCUGCCCACUGACAAAGUGCAGGAUUAAUUAUUGUAUGAAAAUCUCAAUGUUCAAACCUCCGAGUUCCAAACUGUUGUACAGGGGAACUAUCGAGGGGGGAAAAAGAACGAAAAAAGGCGUGUAUAAAUUGAAAAUAUUUUUAGGUAGAAUCUUUAUGAAAAAUAUUAUUCGAAUGAGCGACGACAACUACAAAAAAUCUGUUCUCUAAUCAUCAUUUUUUGCUCUCCAUUUUAUUUCCAACAGAUUAUUUCCUGUGAUAAUUAACAAUGUAUGUUCAGGCUUAUAUCGCGAUUAACCAUUCCGAUAUCGAUAAAAAGCUACUUCGAAAAGAAAGCGGAAGACACACGGGCUAGCCGUCAGCACUAAACGUGGUUAACGUGGUUUUGAGUGGACAAAUUGUCAGUGCGAUUGUCGACAUCGUAAGGGGCAGUCUCAUUGAAAAUAAUGUAUCUUUUGUCAUGACUCGCCGUGACAUUAAGUCCCGUGUGUUUUCUGCCGAAUACUCUCUGUUUCCUAAAACAUCGUUUUAUUAAACUAUACUUUUUUUGUUUCGUUCAAUUUGAGCUUAAUCCACUUUAAUGCUAACUGUGACAUGUAAAAAUCAAGGGAUAAAAUUUAAAAGUAAUAUUAUACAUACAAGAUAAAACCAAAUGAGAAUGACGAACCGAGUCCAGACAUUUCGUUUUUCGACAAAAGUAUUAAGUAAAAUACGCUAUUGCUGUGAUGAAAAUUAUCAUUUUUUCAUGGUCGAGACGAUACAGGAAAAUUUUCAUUGAAUAAAUACUGAUUGACUUUC